CGAGCAGUGUCAACGCCCAAGGCGCGAGAGAAGGUUUAGAAGUGUAACAGAGGGCAGGUGCGCGGUCGUUAGCGCUCGGCCGUUAGCGGUUCCGCUCUGGCAACGGUCCGCGUAGCCUUAGUCCUCGGGGCCGCAAUCUCCCUGGGUCGUAGUCCGCAUGACCCGGCCCCCGUUUGCGCGCUCGCCCCCUUCGCCGGCGCAGUCACCGCGCGGGGCGGCCGCCCGUGAAGCAGAUACAACGAAUAAAGCUCCGGGACAGAGGCGCCCUCGACCACAACUGAGCUGGCGGCCCCGGCUGGGAGCGGCGGCCCGUGUGGUACCGUGAGGAGUGAGCGGAGGAGGCGACCUCCGACCCGGCCCCGCACCAGCCUCCCCGCAGGCGCGACAUGAUCCUGGUCUGGCCUCCGCGGGAUGCUCCUUGAGCCCUUUCGCCGGCUGUUACCUCCUGGGGACGGUUGUGGCCACACCAACACGUAUUUUCCAAACCAAUCAUUGUUUAUUAUUGUGGCGGCGGGGCCGAACACGCUUAUCUAUUUUUAAUUUUCUCAACAAGCUCUUACCCAGCCCUUAACCAGCGGGAACAACUCGGUAACCGUUUCAAAGAAGCAUCGGGCAGAUAGGAAAUCUCGGACUGAGCCGCUUGUGUAAACGCCUCCUUGCAACGACCCUUCUUCAGUGCUUUGAAGAUUGUUGCGUCUUCCCGUAACUACCAGUGUGCACAGAACCCUAUUCCAGAAACGUCUUGGUCCAGUGAUGCAAAGAACUGAAGUUUCAAGGUUUUAUUUCUAUUCCUAGACAAUCGGGGUCUCUCCCCACAACUCGGAACCGUUCAGUAGUCACCUUACGUGGAUCCCCUAGUGCACGCCCUUCUCUCCUCUUCCAGCCUGUCCAAGUGCUUUCGUUGAGUAAGAAGCCAUCCAAAAUCAUUGCUUCUGCAGGUGCAACUCAUGGGUUAGAAGAGGAGAUGGAGCAAACCCAAAGAGAGGAAAGGCGUUGUAACCUUAGUAGUUGCCUUACUGGUUGUAUUCUACAGGCAGUUGACAGUCCUUGAAGAUGUUCACGGCUCCCCAGCUGUGCAGUGAGGACGUGGGUACUGGAGUAUGUGUCCCUGGAGUGACUUGAUUUACUCAGUUCUCCUAGGAAAUGCGGUCCUCUUCUCCCCUGACUAAAUAGGUCUUCCUUCAUAGAAGUGGAUUUUACUUAUUUUCUCCACCUUCCCUUUCAGGGAUUCCCCCUGGCUAAUGAAAACUCAAUUUGCAGUUGGUUGACAUUGGUGGGGGGAGUAGUGGCAGGUGUCUUCUCCACAGUUAGGCAUUUUACUCUUGGCUCAGAGGUGGACAAAGGUUGAGAACAGGCCAAAUCUCAAUGGCCAUCUGAGCCUGGUGAAAAGUGUCAGGAGCCAAAGGGUAGUUUGUCAGUGCAAUCUCUGGUCUCUCACUAGAGGGAGUUGUCGCUUUAGGCAGAUGAAAUCCCACAAGCUCUCCUGGGAAAGAACUAGCUAACCUAUCUUUUACUGGGCAAAAUUAAGGCAUCCAUACUUGGGGACAAGUGGAGCCUUUUUUUCCUGCAUGCUACCUCAUGGAUUUAGUCGGCACAAAGAAAACAACCAUUUAGCCAGUUCAAGCAGUGGUUCCAAGUUCAUAUACUGCUGUGUGAGGGCAGUACCUCUGACCACAGGCAAAUAAGUGCCUCUGUGACCUCUGUGCUUCAGUCUCCUCAUCUUGAAAAUGGGGAUAAUAAUGGCACCUGUUGCAUGGGAGUUUUGUGAGUUAACACAUGUAAAAUGUCUGGAACAUCCCUCACUAGCGUGGCUCAGUGGGUUGGGCAUCUUCCCACAAAGUGAAAGUUUGCCAGUUUGAUUCCUGGUAGGGCACAUGCCUGGGCUGUGGGUCAGGUUCCAGGUUAGGCGAGGGGUGUGAGAGGCAACCCAUCGAGAGCACAUUGAUGUUUCUUUCCCUCUCUUUCUCCUUCCCAUCCUCUGUUUCUAGAAAUAAAUAAAUUCUUUUUUAAAUGUCUAGAACAGAUCUUGGCACAAUUUAAUAAUUAUUGGCUAUUACUAGCAUUGACACUGGGUGAGUUCCUUAUAUUCUGUUGUGUAGGUUGGGAGGUGAAGUGCACUGUUGCUUUGACCCUGUGGAUCUUGAUAACCAACUGUAGCAUAAAAUUGCUGACCAAGCACUGUUUAUUUUUAUAGCUAGAAGAACCUGUAUUGUCCUCAUAAUAAUAUAGAAGAAUUUAAGAUAGGAGAGAGAGGCUGCAGCGAAUGAAGACUAUAAAAGAAAAGAAGAAGGAAUGUCAAAGAUUGAGAAAAUCUUCCAAGACGAGGGGGGUGACCCAGAGGAAGCCAUCUUCAGGGCCUGUAUGCCUGCUAUGCCUUCAAGAACCUGGGGAUCCUGAAAAAUUAGGGGAAUUUCUUCAAAAAGACAAUCUCAGCAUGCACUAUUUCUGUCUUAUUCUGUCUAGCAAGCUGCCUCAGCGGGGCCAGUCUAACAGAGGUUUCCAUGGAUUCCUGCCUGAAGACAUCAAAAAGGAGGCAGCCCGGGCUUCUAGGAAGAUCUGCUUUGUGUGCAAGAAAAAGGGAGCUGCCAUCAACUGCCAGAAGGAUCAUUGCGUCAGAAACUUCCACCUUCCUUGUGGCCAAGAAAGGGGUUGCCUUUCACAAUUUUUUGGAGAGUACAAAUCAUUUUGUGAAAAACAUCGCCCAACACAGGACAUCCAAUGGGGGAAUGUUGGGGAGGAAGGCUGCGUCCUGUGUUGUGAAGACUUAUCCCACGCAAGUGUUGAAAACAUCCAGAGUCCAUGUUGUAGUCAAACUAUCUACCACCGCAAGUGCAUACAGAAAUAUGCCCACACAUCAGCAAAGCAUUUCUUCAAAUGUCCGCAUUGUAACAAUCGAGAAGAGUUUCCUCAAGAAAUGCUAAGAAUGGGAAUUCAUAUUCCAGACAGAGAUGCUGCCUGGGAACUCGAGCCAGGGGCUUUCUCAGACUUGUAUCAGCGCUAUCAGCACUGUGAUGCCCCCAUCUGUUUGUAUGAACAAGGCAGAGACAUCUUUGAAGAUGAAGGGAGGUGGAGCCUCAUUCUGUGUGCUACAUGCGGAUCCCAGGGAACCCAUAGGGAUUGCUCCUCUCUUAGAUCCAACAGUAAGAAAUGGGAGUGUGAGGAGUGUGCACCUUCCCCUGAAACUGAAAACUCAGGUGACAUCCCCUGCUGCAGCAGCACCUUCUACUGGCGGGGGGUGGGUGGGGGGGGGUAUUACUACAGAGACAUCAACCUGGAAGAGAAUCUGGGCCCUUCUUGGACUAAUUCUCCAGGACCUUCAUUAUUAAAGAAAUCAGAGUCCUCUGGCAGCAGGAGGGGCCACUUCUUGGGUGUCAAAAUAACUAAAAGCUGCAAAAAGUACAAAUAGUGGCUUCUAAGUAGUUGCUACCAAGCACAUUUGGGUACAAAACUGUUCCUCCAACAAGUUUGGGGAGGGACCACUUUAGGACUGUGUGGCCAGGAAAGGGGGCCAGCAGUGAAACUACGGACCAAGGAAAGAGAAGUCCCAGAGGCGUGAGGACUGCGCAGUCCCGAGGCCAGCCAUGGCCCAUGUAUAUGGCUACAUGUAUGUGGCUACAACAGCUGGCGCCUCUGCUCUUUUGGCCCAAUUCCCAGAGGGCCCUUUUUCUCUUCUUCCCCCCAAGGUUCUUCCACUCUAACAUGGUUCUCAUGUGCCUCUUCUUACAUCACCCAUGUUUGUAAUCCAAAUAAAGGCUUUCUCUCCA